CACAAAAGUGUUCGCCUUAGCAUUACUUAAUCGCGCCGAGAGUAAAGAGAAUGUCCACAAAAGGAACCAAUUCGUUCGGCUGUCAGGACCCGUUCCAUAUCGUUGGACACCGCGCAACGUCUCAGAAACGCCGCCAUGAGUAAGCUAAUCCGCCAGGUGUCGAUCGAAACACCGGCACCGAAGCUGAAGGACUGCGUGCUGAACCUGGUGGUACCAGUGCCGGACACACCGUUACAGGGUGCACGCAUUCUUGUUGUGUAUGCCGGCGCUUGCUACCGCAAGAACCAGUCCACAUCGAUCUCCUCCAUCAGUAGUCAGCUGUCGGACACUGGGGACAUUACAACAUCGUUACAUCUGCUCGCGAAGCAGAUGCAGAGCGGUAGCUUCACCAGUAUCAGCGAAGAAGGACCGGACAGUGCACCACCUCAGCAUCAUCAGACCUCGGUGGCCAUUCAGCACAACCCGCAAGCACAUCAGGGUGUCCGAGAUGGAGCACUGUUUCCCGGGUUUGAAGUGGCGGGAGUUAUCGAGUCACUUGGCAGCGAACUGAAACCAGACUGUGGCUUCAAGGUGGGUCAGCGAGUAAUCCUGUACCCGUACGAGGGCGUUCCACAUGGGUACUCCGAGCUGAUGGUAGUGCCGGACCUAAAGUAUCUGAUCCCGAUUCCGGACGAGCUGUCGCUGAGCGUGGCCGCCACAUUGCCGACCGGUGCACUAUUGGCCCAAAGUGCUAUCAUUGCCGCGCACAAGAUUGUGGACGAACUGCUCAAAACACGACCGGCUGAGAAGGUGAAGAUUCUGAUCGUUGGUACCGGUGGGUUGGCACUGUGGGCGGUAAGAAUUGCGGCCCAACACUUUUACACACCGGCUACCAAGGACAAGAUACAGAUCACUGUUGCGAGCCUGCGAGAUGAAGGAUUCCUGGUGGCAAAGAAGUGUGAACGGGUAAACAUCGUCCAGUGGAAUGAAGAUCUGUAUGAGAAGCAGCUGAUUGAACGUACGCACGACGCCUGCGACGGUUUGGUGGAUAUCGUGAUCGACUUCGGUACGACAUCGCGCAGCUUGCAUCGGUCGAUGCAGUGCCUGACUAAGGGUGGCCACAUCUUCAUCAGUGACGAGGUGGCGGAAAAGCUGCUGCCCAAGUUUAGCAAGCGUGCCGAGGAACGCGGCCAAACGAUUGAAGCCGUACCGACCGGUACGAUCGAGCAGCUACAUCAGCUGGUGAAGCUAGUUUCUUCCAAUGAGAUCGAACCACCGCCACACUCAGUAUUUCCCUCGGAUCAGGCCGCCGAAGUGGUGCGCAAGCUGGCCAGCUCGGAGAUUCCCGGACGUGCCAUCCUGAAAUUCCAUGAUAUCGAGUAAGCACACGCGCUCCAGCCCAACUCUAACUGAUGGGGGAGUGGAUAUACACAUCACGCAUAUGCUUUCCCG